AACAAGGCUACAUUUGUGCGCGGAUUUGGAUUAUCAAUAUCAUCGGUGCGUGAUAUUUCUGGUAGUGUCGUGGCGGAGAGAGUUUCCUCCUUGACCUAGACAAGUCAUUAUCACGUGACUUUGGAACUUAUUAAUGAGACAGAGACAUCGUGGUUGAGAAGUUAGCUUGAAGUUUGAAAAAGUUAGAAAGAUAGCAUCUCACUGGCGUGAAGGAAAAGACGCAGCGGUCUCCGCGGAGGGAGUGGGCAGCUGCAGUUUCAACUGUUUCUGGUGGUUUAACGCUGAGCUCAUUCGGCAAUGCCACAGUCCUCUCUCUGAUGACACGAUGAGAACCUACACCCGUGGGGCCCCCACAGUCUUUUUCAUAAGUCUGCUCUGGCCCCUCCUUGCUCCAGCAGCUGAAUUGGAAGUGGACCAUAGCGGAGGAAUCUCCUUCAUGGGAGGCAACUACGACGGCCAUCCCAUGCUGUACUUCAGUCGCGGGGAUGUAGAGGAGCUGCAGUAUGCUGCCGCAGGGACUCACCGUGAGAUGGCAAGGAGGAUCCGUGAAGCUGGGGAAACCAUGCUGGAGCACCCAGAUGAGUACCUACCCCCGUGGAGCCCCGCUGAGUUCAGCGCCCGCUGGAAUGAGGUUUAUGGAAACAACCUUGGUGUGCUGUCCAUGUUCUGCCUUCUAUACCCACACAGAGCUGGAGCUCUUGACCUGGCCAAGGACUACAUGGAGAGGAUGGCGGCUCAGCCUAGUUGGCUGGUCAAAGAUGCCCCGUGGGAUGAAGUUCCUCUGGCCCACUCUCUGGUUGGGUUUGCCACCGCUUACGAUUUCCUGUAUGAGUACUUGAACAAGGGCCAACAGGAACGUUUCCUUCAGGUGAUUGGCAACGCGUCACGUCUGAUGUACGAGAAAUCCUAUGUCCGAGGCUGGGGGUUUCAGUACCUGCACAACCACCAGCCUACUAACUGUGUGGCUCUGCUUACAGGAAGUCUGGUUUAUAUGACCCAAGGUUACCUCCAGGAGGCCUACCUGUGGACCAAGCAGGUCCUGUCCAUCAUGGAGAAGUCCAUGAUCCUUCUGCAGGAUGUGACAGAUGGCACUUUGUAUGAAGGAGUCGCCUAUGGGACUUACACCACACGCUCUCUGUUCCAGUACAUGUUCCUGGUGCAGCGCCACUUUGCCAUUAGCCACUUCGACCACCCCUGGCUUCUUAAACACUUCGCAUUCUUGUACAGGACCAUCCUGCCUGGUUUUCAACGCACUGUAGCCAUUGCAGAUUCCAAUUACAACUGGUUCUACGGUCCUGAGAGCCAGCUGGUCUUUUUAGACCGCUAUGUAUUGCGUAAUGGCAGUGGAAACUGGCUGGCGGAUCUGAUUCAUAAAAACAGGGUGAGCGAAGGACCAGGGCAGGCUGGAAAGGGCCAGCGAUGGUGUACUCUCCACACUGAGUUCAUCUGGUAUGACCCGGGCUUGAUCCCGAAACCCCCCUCAGAUUUUGGAACACCACAACUGCACUAUUUCGAGGACUGGGGCGUAGUCACAUAUGGCAGUGCUUUACCUGCAAACACCAAUUGCUCCUUUCUCUCCUUCAAGUCGGGGAAGCUGGGGGGACGUGCCAUCUUUGACAUUGUUCAUAGGAAUAAGUACAAAGAGUGGAUUAAAGGGUGGAGGAACUUCAAUGCUGGCCAUGAACACCCUGAUCAGAACACUUUCACCUUUGCGCCCAAUGGCAUCCCAUUCAUAACUGAGGCACUGUAUGGACCCAAAUACACUUUGUUGAACAAUGCGGUGUUAUUUAGCCCGACCUUCUCAGGGAGUUGCUUCAAGCCGUGGGCUGGACAAGUUACGGAAGCCUGCGACUCAAAGUGGUUAAAGUACAAGGUAGGGCUUGCUGCUGAUUCUCAAGGUAGAGUAGAGGCUGCAAUUGAGAGAGAGGGGAUGGUAUUCAUUCGAGGUGAGGGACAUUCUGCUUAUAAUCCUGAACUGAAGAUCAGGAGCUUCCAGAGAAACCUGCUCCUUCUUCACCCACAGCUGCUGCUCCUUGUGGACCACAUCCUCUUGGAAUCAGACAGCCCAGCAAGGGCCAUGAGUGCUUUCUUUCACAAUACAGAGCUGCCAUUCCAGGGUACAAAGGUAGAUGGUGUUCAUGGAGCAUUUGUAUCACAUGGGGAGGAUAAAUAUAAGAUGUUCUGGAUGGAUGAUACAAACCAUAGUAACAAAGGAAUGGUAGGUUACUGGAAUUAUCCUCGAGGGUACCCAUAUAAUGGCUCUAACUAUGUGAAUGUCACAAUGCCAUUGAGAUACCCUCACACCAGAGGGGCCUACAUUUUCUUUGGACCAGGCGUGGAUGUACAGAGCUUUAGUCUGCGUGGUGAUGACAAAAGAGUGGAUAUUUAUCUGGCUACCAAGGACCACACCUACACCAUCUACCUGCUGACAGGAGAUGUGACCAGCAAGCCUUUGUUUGCCAUGGUGCUUCUGGACCACAAAAAGAUUGUAUUCGAGAAAGCAGCAGCUGUUGUAGACAGCUCACCAGUGGAAGUAGAGGAAUAUGUCAGUGUGAUGGGGGACAACCUCCAGCAUGUCAAGCCCGUCUUCCAGCAGAUGGAAAGACACAUCCUGGGACGGGUUCUCAACUCUGCUAGCUUCCGCAAGACUGCAGAGCGCCUCCUUCAGUUCUCGGACAAGAAGAAGACCGAGGAGGUUAUCGAGAAGAUGUUUGCUAUGUCCAAGAAACAGGGCAAGGGUAAAGGGGGAAAAAAGCUGAACCUUGGGGAGAAGCUUUCUGAGAGCAUGCCUGACAUUUUUGCACAGAUUGAGGUGAACGAGAAGAAGGAGAGACAGAGGACUUCAAAGCGUACUUACGAGGACAGCCCAGAGGAGGGAGACGCAGACACACGGGCAUUCAUGGAUUAUACAGACAGCCGUAAGAGCAGAAAGGGGGGCUUUGUCAAGGGACGCAAAUUUAAAGAAGUUCACAUGGUGGCCACAGCAGGGAGCGAGAGUUUCCCAAGUACAGCUUCCUACAUAAGGCUGUUCCUCAUCCUGAAUACUGCCACCUUCUUUCUACUGCUGGCUGUGCUACUGACUCGCUUUCAGAGGGCUCGAAGCUUGCACACGCAGAGAUGUUUCUACACCAUCCUCCUCAUUGACUGCUUCAUCCUGUUGUACCUCUACUCCUCCUGCUCUCACACGCAGUGCUAACAUCAUGAGUGAGUGAGAGCCAAAUGACCUCACUGUGGAGCCAGGUCUAAUGACACAAUAUUAGGGCCACUGUUUAGAAAAAUGAGAUAAUUUCCAAACUUUGUUAUUUUAAUUUUAUCUUCGCUUUUGAAUAUGCCACUUUUAUUUCAGUAGUAUUGAGAUCGUUAUUUUUGUUAUAUCAUGUUUAUUAUAAUCCAACUUUCAUUUUCCCUAAAACUGCUGUAUACUUUUCUUAAUUCCAUUUUCAUUUGAGUAAUCUAAUUCUAUAUAAUAAUUUCAUGAUCACGAAAAGUCAUGACUUUAAUUCUCCGAAUUCUAGCUUGAUAUUCUGAUUUUUUUCACAAAAUAAGAACUCCAUAUUACUUAAAAUUAUGACAUUAUGUCAUUUUUGUCAUUUUUAUAUCUUUCUUUUUAAGAUUAUUUCUAUGAUAUUGUGAUUAUUUUUUUCCAUCAAUAUCAGGUCAAGGCCAUUUUAUUUAUACUGUCAAAAAUCACUAAUUUGCCUUAAGGAUGCUGAAUUAUUAUUAUUGUUAUAUUAUGACUUUUGCUGUAAUAAUAAUGCCUGUGUUCUUAAGAUCCGUGAAUGUUUUCCUAACAGUGGCCCUGUUAUUGGUAAGAUUUACCUAUUAAACAAACACCCACUCAGGAAAAACAGCUGAUUCCAAACAGGAUUUGACGAUCUGAGAUGAAACCAGGCCUCCUUUAAUAUAAUUAGCCUCUUUGGAGUCUGCGUUUUUCCUUUGCAGAGUUCGGAAGUUCUGUUGCCCUUGAUCGACUAGCCACUAUAACCCGUCUCCACAUGUGUACUUGAGAUUUGUCCUGUUAUACACAGUUUAAUAGCGACGCCUGUAAAUAUAUAUAUGUUAAAGCAAAUAUAUUUUUGGUCUCUUUUUUACUAUUUGUAAAUAAAAUUACAACCUGCAUAGGUGUGCAGUCACUGUGUGCUGUGGUUGAAUGUGCAAGGUCAAAGGUAAAGUAAAUGGUUAAAGCAGCCACAGGGUUACUGCACCUGUAGCAUUAACAAGCCAAUGACGAAAAUGUGUUCGCCUUGGUUAUGUUUUGUUUUCUCAUUCCUCAUACACCCUUGUAAAUGUUGAGUGGGGUAGAAGCGCACAGAUAUGGAGGAAAGUCCAUGGCGGUCAGAACUCCUUGGUCUUCUUUGGUCAUCAAGUAUUUCUUCUAACCGUUGAGGUUUGUUACGUUCUGCUACUGUAUGAAUCCUUCUCCAAAAAAAGUGAUGCAUUUGUCGGUACAGCUAGCAUGAGCUCUACAACUUUCCAAACAGGUAGAGAUGGGAUUUAAGACUCUUGAAGGUAGGUCCUUUCAAAGAGCUGUUUAAAAGACUGGCUUUAUUUUCAAGUCAAGUCAACUUUAUUGUCAAUUCUGACAUGUGCAACACAACACAGGAUUGAAAUUGCCAUCUUCAAGGCCUACAAUGCAGCAGCUAACCAAAAAAUGUGAACAAGAAAUGUGCAAACGUUCAGAAUAUAUAAAAAUAGAAAAAAAAAUAUAUCCUGUAUAUAUAAAGUAUACGAAGGAGGACAUGACAUAGCGCAUGACAAUAUAUAGUAUACAUAAAGUGGCUGAUGCUACCCUGAGUUGAAUAGUGCAGAAGGUAUGAGUGGAAUGGAUGAAUAUAUGUAUAUACUGUACAUAUGUACACAGUCGUGAUGAGCCAAGAUUUAAGAUGUGGAUCUGGGCAUAACUGAUUUUAUCUUCGAAAUAAACUCCUUGAUAGAGUAAGAUUUGGAUCGGAAUCAUCCAAACGUAGAUAUCCCAAUAAAACAUACUCUCUUUGUGGGAUAUCUGAGUCUAUAUCUAAAAUACAGAUGCUAGAAAGACCGAUGCUUAAUCUAGUGAGAAACUCGGUAAACAUCUUUGGACUGACUGGGAAUCAAACCACGUUCCAUUGCUAUGCUCACCGCUAAAUUAGCUCCGUCACCAACACCGCCUCACAGCAAAACUGGAGCUGCUUUGUACAAAUGUAUGAAACACAACAAAAAAGAAUGACUUGCAUUCCUUAAUUUUAAAGAGCUGGUCAAUAGAUUUGAUUUAUUCACGAACAUUACUACUCUACAAACAAUCCCAGACAGAUUUGAAAUGUUGCAUUUUCUUUUUUUCUUUCUUUUCAAGAACACCCUAAUGUUGUCUCCGUUAAUGUAAUAGCACUGUAUAAUAAAAUAUCAUAUUUUAAUCCUA